CGCAGUCAUUCAGUGUGUUUAUCCCAGAGCUCUGCUGCACCGCUGCUCCACACUCUGCUUGGACCCGUUUAACCUCUCUAUCUGGUGCCAAAGUUCGCCUUUUCCUCCUCUGACUAACAGGUAUGGUGCUUAAAUCUGCGCUGAAGCGCCAAAAUACAUCCGUCGCUUUAUUCUAAGGCUUAGAAUAAACAUUUUAGGACCGGUGCGCGUCCCGAAAUUGGUUCCUGCGUUGAAGUGAACUCGGUAAUGUAAUUUUGCUGCAGGGACCAGCUGUGUGUCUGCGAGUUUAGAGGCACCCUGUGGUACUUUAUGUUAUUUUAUUUUUAUAUAUUCCGUGUAGCGCAUGAGCAUGUGUUUACUGUAGUAUCCCAGUGGGAGUUUGUUAUUCUGCUGCGACUUCAGGCCCGUAAAGCAUCCUCCUUACACCGCACUAUCUGACUUCAGCUCACAGCUCCUCUGCAUAAAGGUGAUCCUCGGGUGAAACCAGGAGGAGGACUCUGAGGCGAGGCUGCUGGGCCUGAUUCCGGUUCUGGACAAUAAUUGACGACUUUAGACGGAAUUACCUGCCGUGUUGAGCAUAAAGAAGUCUGGGUUCAUGCCUGAUUUCGAGCACUUCAGAUUUUCCUAUUCGAGCAUGAAUCCGGUUCUCGGGGAGAGUGGCUUUCUGGCCCCGCAGCAGCACCACCACCAGAUGACGGGCCAGAACGACUCUGCCAUCCCGGAGCCGGGCUACUUCCUGGGGGACCACGGUGGGUUCGGCCCCGAUGGGUUGUCCGGGCUGGACCUGGGCGCCCUGCCGCCGUCGGGCCUCGCCUACCUGCACCUGAGCAGCCCCCUGCACCGCGUGCCCCCGGCGGCCACUGCGCUGCGCAACGACCUGGGAUCCAACAUCAGCGUCCUGAAGACCCUGAACCUGCGCUUCCGCUGCUUUCUGGCCAAAGUGCACGAGCUGGAGCGCAGGAACAAGGUGUUGGAGAAGCAGCUGCAGCAGGCUCUGGAGGAUAACUGCGCAGGGGAAGCCCACCAGAAGCCGCUGACCAAAGAGAUGGGGGUCCAGACUGGAUUUAUUGGGCCUAUUCCAUCCAGACCGGGCCUCAUCCCUCUCCACAACGCCAACAACUCGGCCUACCUGCCCGGCGGCCUCCUCUCUCCGACCCUGAACCCUCCUCCUCUUUUUGACAACAAAUACCUGCUGGGGAACAACCUCAACCCGAUCACGGACUCAAACUCCAACCUCACCACAUCCAUCAGCCCGGCCCUGAGUCCCACCGACCCGUCCAAAACCAUCACCAACAUCAACGAGAGGUACGCCUCGCACGCCGGGACCAACACCAACAACGUCCCCCCUCCUCCCCCGCGCUUCCUCCCGGGGACGAUCUGGUCCUUCAACCAUACCCGCAGGUUCGGUACCGGGAGGGAGUCGUGCGUCACGGGCCCCGGAGUCUCCUGGACGCACCCGGACGGUGUCGGGGUCCAGAUCGACACCAUCACACCUGAGAUCAGGGCCCUGUACAACGUGCUGGCCAAGGUGAAGAGAGAGAGGGACGAGUACAAGAGGAGAUGGGAGGAGGAGUACACAGCCAGAAUGGACCUGCAGGAGAAAGUGGCUGAACUGGAGGAGGACCUGCAGGAGAGCGAGGUGUGUCAGGAUGAGCUGGCUCUGAGGGUGAAGCAGCUGAAGGCUGAACUAGUCCUCUUUAAAGGACUCGUCAGCAACAACCUGUCAGAUCUGGACAGUAAGAUCCAGGAGAAGGCCAUGAAGGUGGACAUGGAUAUCUGCCGCCGCAUCGACAUCACCGCCCGCCUCUGUGACGUGGCCCAGCAGAGGAACUGUGAGGACAUGAUUAACAUGUUCCAGGUGGCCACGCCCCCCUCCACACUGGGAGGCCGGGCCAGAAAACAGAGCGGGCAGUCGGCGAAGGGCGGGGACGGAGACGAACUGAGCAUGUCUGAGAGUGAGGGAGGCGGGGCUAAAGACGAGGAGUCGUGCAGCACGUCGGCCAACCAGAUCAACGAGCAGAUGCACAGGAUGCUGAAUCAGCUGAGGGAGUGUGAGUUUGAGGAUGACUGUGACAGUCUGGCCUGGGAGGAAACGGAGGAGACUCUUCUGCUCUGGGAAGAUUUCCCUGGAUACCCACUGGGACUGGAAACACAAGGGGAACUGCAGCAGCAGGAGGAGUCCAUUGAGGAGGUCAUUAAAGACACAGAGUGUCUGUUUAAAACCAGAGAGAAAGAAUACCAGGAAACCAUCGACCAGAUAGAGUUGGAACUGGCCACAGCAAAGAGCGACAUGAACCGUCACCUGCACGAGUACAUGGAGAUGUGUUCGAUGAAAAGAGGCCUGGACGUCCAGAUGGAGACCUGCAGGAGACUCAUCACACAGAGCGGAGACAGAAAGUCCACCUCGCUCAUCACGCUGCCGGUGGACGACUCUGACAGCGAGGAGAAGGAGAGGAAGAAGCCAGCUCUCCCUGCUGACUCUGAGAGCAGCGACUCUUACUGCGACGCCAACGCCGCCAUCCCUCCUCUGACCUGGAGGAAACCCUAACACACACUCCAACACACACUGCUGGUACUCCGAAUUAACGUCACCCGAAUGCUCUCCUCCUCCUCCUCCUCCUCCUCCUCCUCCUCCUCCUCCUUCUCCAGGGCUGUUUGAGAGGAGGAAAACUGUAGAACUUCCGCACAUCUAAACUUAUGUUUCAGUGGUAGAAAUUAUUUUAAAACCAGCAGAUGUAAACUAUUUUUUUUUAAUCUUCUCUGAAAGCAGCCUGUAUGAUGAUGUUUGGUCAUUUGUACUCGUCACAAACUCAGCUGAUAUGACCGCAGCUGAAUUAGAGAAAGAUAUGAUAAAGUUACACCAAUGUCCUUACAAAAACCAUAACUCGCUUACAAAGCUGAUGUGUAGUAUUAAACAUUUUCCAGGCUGUUUGAGCUUCAUCAAAAUAGGCAAUAAUUCCUCACUUGAAGUUCCGCCGCUGCCCUCCUGUGGCCAUCAGCGGUAACUGCACCUCAGUGAAGGUCAAACAGAACAAAAUGGCACUUUAAAAAAGAUCUUCACUGAUUUUGUUUGCUGAGAUGAAAAGGACGCAUUUAGUUUAGUGCAGGAGUCAAUUAUUUGCACACUUUCUGUAAGGAUACCUUUCAGCUGCAGGUUCAGACCCGUGCACAUAGACGCAGCGAUGCACAAAGAAAUAGUUUGCACAUAACUGUUCAUUGUGAUUAAGAGUGAUCAUAUGUUUGAACAACUUUACUAAUCAAUUUCCACUUAUUAUAAAAAGGAAGUGCUUGUUUUUAUUUAUAUUUGUAUUUUUAUUUAUUUUAUAAUCCUGCAAGUACAGCAGAAAGUUUAAUUGCUAAUAUAUUGAACUACCCAGUGGCCAUUUUCUGGGAUUAUACCUUCGGUGCAGCAAUUAUUUGACAGAUCUCCAACUAUCUAAGCCCAACUUGCCUUAAACUGCUAUCCAACAUUUGAGAAAUAUGACACCUUCUCUGAUAAACUGUCCUGAGAAUGCAUCUUGAAGGUUUUAAUUGUCCUGUUUGUAUGAUGCAGUACACAAAAGCAUUAUUCAUUCACUGAAGUUAAAAGAAUAUUUUUAAAAGGAGACAUUUGGGAACUCAACCUCAGAUCUCUGAAUAGGAAACUCUAAACAACACUCAGGGUUGUAGCCGUUGAGGACAAUAAGGUAACAAUAUUGUUUCUGGAAAUUUGGUAUUUUAUCACUAAGGAGCCGUUUAUGUUCUACAGUUACAGACAAAUUACACAUGCUGGGUUUUUAAAGAGGAGAUCUUGAAAUCUUCUUGGGUUAAAAUGAAAUGAGGAUUUAGUAUUUCAUGAAUUGUGAGAAAUUAUUUGUACCACCAUUUAGGACAGCAGUUCCCAACAUGGGCUUUGGAAACCUUUAAGGGGGGGGUCACAAGAUGACUGACUGGACAAGAAAGAAAAUAAUAUUUUUAUUCAGUAAUCUUUGCUCUUUUUUAGAGUUACUACUCGUCAGGCCUCUACAAUUUACCCACUCUGAGAGGCUAAGAUCACUCUCUGCUGCUGACCGCUCAGGCAACCUGUGUGAGGACACAUGGUUUCAUUUAAAGGGAUCACAAGCCAGAAAAUGUUGGGAACCACAGAUUUAUUCCGUCAUGUUGGUAGAUCAAACUGAGAUUUUUGGGGGGUUUACUGGAGGAAUUUGGACUCUUUCUAAAACCCUGGCUACAGUCUGACCACACUGUCCAUGUUAAUGUCAUACUGUAGUAAACAGGCCGAUCUACAGUAAUAUCCAUUCCUGAGACUAUUUACAUCAUCAAGCAGGAAGAAGAAAAGAUGAUUAUUUUUAUAGAUUUUCUGUUUUACAUUUGACAGAUGGGAGGUUUAGACAGGUGAAAGACAAAUAAUAAUAAUAAUAAUAAUAACUGAAUCUGUAUAAAAGUAAGAUAUAGGGCUGUAACUGAUGAUUAUUUUCAUUAUCGAUUAAUCUUGCCAUUAUUUCCAUAAAAUGUAAAGAAAAAUAGUCAAAAGCCAAAGAUCUUCAGUCUGCUACCACAGAAAACAAACAAGCAAAUAUUCAUAUUCCAGGAGGCAAUAUGGGGUAUUUAUGCUUAAACAUUGCUAAACAAUUAAUUAUCAAAAUUAUUUCUGAUACAUUUUUUGUCAAUUAUUAAACUGUCAGUUCAACUAAUAACUGAAGUCUGUUUGCUAAGCGGAGUGUGAGUUUAGUUUUUAGAGUUCGAGGAUUCUCACAGCUGCUUAAUUUAAAGGGAAGGUGUCGUAUUUAUGUGCCAUCAAUCACAAGCCAACGUCCCCGUUAACAUUCGCUCUCAGCACUAAUGGAGAGUCAUCGCUCUUAAAGUCCCACACGAAACGUUUCCUACAUUUGUCCUGCAGAAAUAACGGGCCACAGAUCAUUUGAAAGAACUCGUCUGAGACGGUUGACAACAGAAAUUUAAGGGCAUUUUUCCUUUUACUAAAGUGAAAAAAAAAAACUAUUUUAAAAAUGUAUUUGUCCUCAAAAAUUGUACAGUUUGUAAAGGCUAAAUAUUGUAUCUAAUGUAAAUAAUGAGGCUGUGUAUAAUGCUCAACUAUAAUGCUGUAAGCUUCAUGUUCUUCUGAUGUACAUUUAGCCAAAAGCAGUGCAGUUUAACAUUUUCUUUAGACCAUCUUUUAGUUUUAGCGUUGUUAUUGAUAUGACCUGAAUAAGACAUGUUAGUAGUAUCAUAGCGACUAAGAACAGUUGUCUUUCUGUAGUUGUUUGAGAGCAAAUACACCUGCAGCAAUGAUUAAAAGGUGAGUUUGAAGACGUGUGUGUACAGAUGUGGAGGGUUGAAGCCAUUUUGCAGGAGGUGUGUUUAAAAUUCAGGAUUUUUACUUUGUCUGUGCCAGUUUUCUGACUUUUUGUUGACGUGCUGCAACGAACGUGUCACAGUUCACCUCUUCAAACACACCUGUGAUUAAAUGAAUGUCUGCUUAUUCAAUAACCUGCCAUGUUCACCACAGAAAACAGACUCAUUAAAGGAACACUUUCAGUUUUAGUCCUGUAGUUUUCUCCACUGAGCACACUUCUAAUCACAUCAAAAUGAGACUAAUAAACCCUAAAAAUGCUUGUUUCCGUAUACUACGCUGUAAUUUUACACUUUUUACAGAUAGUUCUUAGUGCUCAGAGAAGAAAUGGACUAAAACAUUGAGAACUGUUCCUUUAAUGUCAAGGAGAAACUAAACAAAGCAACUUGCAAGUGUACAGUCGACAUUAAAGCAAAAUAGACAAACAUCACUCACCUCAUGAAACUGUGUACAGAUGCUGCUUAACCGGAACUGUUGACAUCUAUAUUAUCAGAAUGUAAAUAGCAUCUGUGGAGAGAAAACUGAAAUAAAUCAAGUGUGAAAGGAAAAAAAAAAAAAGACUUGAUGACCUCAUGAAAGCGAGUUAGACCGUGUGAUGGAGAUAAAAGCUUUAGAUGGUACAGGAAGGACAGCAGGAGCCCAAGAAGCUGAAGAACACAGUGUCCGAGCUCUCUGUGGCUGUUUGGGGGAUUUUUAUGAGCUGCGAUUGAAUUCUCCAUCACGCCACGAGGGUUUUUUCAUGAGGUCUUUAACGUUAACGUUUUUUUCCUCAGUCACAGUGUGCAGAGCUGAAUGAUCAAUUUACUGAAGCAAAAUGAAAAGUUGCACAGAAUAAAAGACUGAAAGAA